AUUUCCUCUAAAGCUACAGUUUUUCUCUGGAGGUUCUAGUUUUCGAGUGAGUUGCGCUCCGCCCCCAUAGUCUCAUUUUCCCCUAUCGUGUUGAGCAGCUCUACAGCCCUAGCUGGCCGGCGCAUGCCCUGACCGUCAACGAUUGGUUCAGCUACGGUACUCUGCUUCUUUCUUUCAGCUGCACAAUCGGUUGCUUCAGCCAUUGAUCAAGGGUUUCAGCUACACAGUCCGCCCCACCGCCUUGGUUCACAUCUUCUUGAGUUGGCUGCUUCAGUCAUUGCAGUGUAACGCAUUCGUUAUUUCAAGUUAGCAGAUAGCUGAUCCGACUUGCCAUUACUCAAUUUUGUGGAUCCUGUAUUGGUGGCAUUGGAUGCUUUUCUCCUGGAGCUUUGUGGUUUAUCUGCAAGCAUGCUUCGUGUGGACAUUUAUUUAUUCUUUCUGCAUCGAGUGAUAUUUUAAGUUAGUUUCCUCAUAGCGCAGCAAAUUUGAUUUUUAUUCUUCAGCAGUACAGGGCUUUUUAUUGACAUUGCUUGUAUUUGAACUUUUAUAUCUGAUUUUGUUAAUCUCAAACUUGAGCUUGAGCUCAAGUUUCAGCUUGAGCUCAAGUUUCAGCUUCACAACUUUGAGCUCGAUCUUAAGCUUUGAGAUGAGCUUAUUAUUGAGCCAAACGAGCAUAAUAAUGGGCUGAGCUUGAGCUCUUUUCGUAAACAUGUUAAACUACCUUAAACCGGACCGAGCUCAAGCUAGGCUCUUUUAUGUGAUAAAUGAGAUCGAUAGUAGCCAAACUGAAAUCAAGCUCAAGCUCAACAAAGUUUAAAUGAAUUGAGCUCGAGAUUGAGCCUGAAAAUUUUUUUCCAAGUCGGGCUUGAACUUCCAAAAGCUCGGCUCGGUCCAAUUACACCUAAGGUAUUUGGCUCCUGUUGAUCUAUGUGUCUUUUGUUAUAUUACUACUACUAAUAUUAUCGGGUUUUUUCACAUUUGAUUGACAUGGAGUUACAUUGGGAUUUUGUUUUACAGAUUUUAGUUCAUGUAAAUGGUGGUACCAAUACCAUGGGCCUUAUACUGGUGGUGUUUCUUUCAGUGUUAGGUUCUUAAUAUGAUUAAAAAAUUAAACAUUUUAUGUCAAGAUUGUCAAGCUUCAACUGAAUGAAUACCAGCACAUGUAAACUUUUGUGCUUAAUGCUGCAAGCUCAAUUUGUCACGAUUGAUGCUUGUUGGUCACUGAUUCAAUUUCUGCGAAGCAUGAAUAUUUUGCUUUUGCAAAUCAAUGAAUUUGCAGCUUUGUUUGAUGGGUUUUGUUUAAAAAUUCUGUAGGACUGUGUCUCAUACCCAUAUCCAGGAACUAUAAAUUUAUGUAAUGAUGUGCUGUGUGUUUGUGAUUUGAAGCAAUCAGAAAAAGUGCAACUGCAGAGUUUUAUUUUGAAGUUCUUUUGCAGGUAUAAGUAUAUGAGAGAUGGACAUAAUUUCUCAAUUGCAAGAGCAAGUCGAUUUAAUUGCAUCACUUGCUUUUAAUACUAUUGGGACGCUGCAAAGAGAUGCUCCUCCAGUGCGUCUCUCUCCAAAUUAUCCUGAACCACCAGCUAACCCUACUGAGGAUUUUGUGGAGCAACCUAAAUUGAUGAGUGCUGCGCUUGUAAAGGCUGCUAAGCAGUUUGAUGCUUUGGUGGCAGCUCUUCCAUUGGCCGAGGGGGGUGAAGAAGCUCAACUGAAAAGGAUUGCAGAACUGCAAGCUGAAAAUGAUGCAAUAGGCCAAGAACUCCAAAGGCAACUGGAAGCUGCAGAGAAAGAAUUGAAGCAGGUUCAGGAGCUAUUUAGCCAAGCAACAGAUAAUUGCUUGAACUUGAAGAAGCCAGAUUAAAGAUGGCACUGGAUUUCCUAAUAUGGGAGGUGAAAAAGGCAUAAAUGGCCUAGAUGGAGAAAUCCAAAGUUUUUUCCCUUCAUUACGAGGAUGUAUCAUCUGCACGUGUUGUAUAUUGGUGUCUUCAGCAAAUAUAAGAUUGUCUGGUGUGUUAAAGUGGCAUAUGCAUGGUAGAAUCAUGUUAGAGCACCCUUUAUAAAUUAAUGUUUUAUAUAUUCAGAUUAAUUAUUUGACAAAUUCAAAGAAGUGAAGCUUUGGCUAUUCGCAGUAGUA